GAACAGGAAGUCGCACUCGUCUCUCGGAUAGGGAAAGCAAAAAAGAGGAGUGAUCAGUGAGAUGUCAUAAAAAAUAUAUUCCAUAACAACAACAAUGGCACAACGGACGGUAUGACAAAGUUGUUUUGGUAAUACUAGCUAGGUAAUCACUUUCCUAGUUCUGGUGCUUUUUCGUAGUAGACUCCCUGCAAAGAAGCGUGAGAAGUUAUUAUUAGGGAGAAAUGGCGGACGGCGGAGGCUUCGAGUUGGGUGAUGUUGUCGACCCACCCAUUGCGCCGAAUAUCAUCUGUCCCCUUGUCACCGUUUCUGACCUACCCAACCCGACAGCUGCAGGCCGUAACCUGAAGGAAUGGCUGCAGGAGCAGUUCAAUAAAAAGCCUGAAGAACAGAGUGAGGACGCGCUGCUCCACAACGCUGCUUACGUAGGAGACCUGGAUACUCUGAGGAACAUGCUGCAAGAGGACAGCUUCAGAGAGCGGAUCAACGAGAAGUCUGUAUGGUGCUGUGGUUGGCUGCCCUGCACCCCUCUGCGCAUCGCUGCCACAGCCGGUCAAGGGGCCUGUGUGGCCUACCUGAUAGGCCAAGGGGCCAAGGUGGACCUAGUGGAUGUGAAGGGUCAGACGGCCCUCUACGUGGCGGUGGUCAACGGACACCUGGACUGUGUGACCAUCCUCCUGGAAGCUGGAGCUGACCCCAACGGCAGCCGCCACCACCGCAGCACUCCCGUCUAUCACGCUGCACGGGUAGGCAGGGUGGACAUACUCCAAGAGCUCAUCAGGUUCCAUGCCGACGUGGAUGUGGACCAGCAGCUGGGCGCCAGGCCCCCGUUUGGUGCGGCCCGCACCCUCACCACACUGGUGGUGUGCCCGCUCUACAUCAGCGCCGCCUACCGCCACCUCCACUGCUUCAGCCUGCUCCUGGCGGCCGGCGCCCAGCCGGACUACAACUACAACGGACCAGUGAGCCGCGAAGCGCUAGCAAAGGGUUUGGCCUCCUGCCUACUGGAUGCGGUGCUGAGACACGGCUGUGAGGCGGCGUUCGUCAGACUGCUGCUAGACCACGGUGCCGAGCCCAGCCUGGUACCCUGGGAGCAGCCCCGCCGAGAGGGAGCGACCGCCGGGGGCCGAGAGAGGGUUGACCCCGAAGCCCUGCAGCUCUACUUGGAGGCCAGGAGAUGUCCUCGUAGGCUGACCUACCAAUGUCGGAUCAGUAUUAGGAAAGUGAUGGGGAAGCAUCGGCUAAAACACAUCCCAUCUCUACCGCUCCCGGACCCCAUUCAGAACUUCCUGCUUCACCAGAACUGACUCUGGCAGGCCUUGCCUUUGAUGAUCGUUAUGCUAUUAUGAACAGUGACGGACUUACCAUUAGGCAGAAGAGGCAAUUGCCUCAGGCUUCACAUCAUAAUCAAGGGGCCUCAUGAGCUGGGCAUAAUUUAAACAAAUAAAACUAGUCAUCUUUUUGUUUAUUUCUCA